AUGGCUGGUGCUUCAGACAAAAAGCAGGCCGCGGCCAACUCGUCUAUUCUGCGGCAGCUGCAUCUGGCCUCUGUCGUGGUGAAUGUGCUCGCUUUACUGGCGCUUUUUCUUUUGCACAGGCCCGCCGCCAGAAAGUACUACUUUAUCUUUAGUCUCCCAGGCUUGGGCUGUCAGUAUGUGCUCGAGAAGGUGGGCAGGCCCAAAUACCACACCAAUCCCCAGGGCUACAGCGUUCUGUCUUCUGCCGGGCAGGAUCUACAACAACAGGGUCUCACAGAGUACAUGAUCGACAUUGUCUAUUUGACACUGAUAAUUGACGUUUUGAUGAUACUCUUCGGCUCCAACAAAGUCUGGCUGCUUCUUCUGGCUGUGCCUGCCUACGCUGGAUACAAACUGAAGGGUUUCAUUGCGCCGUUCUUUGCUCGCAAACAGAAAGAGGAGCAGAUAGAGACGGAGCCGGUGAAAAGCAAACGGCAGCAGAAGCUGGAGAACAGAAAGACUAAGUCGGUCUGGCAUUCUGGUAGCUUGCGCGGCGGCAAGCGGCCGGCAGUGGCACGCUCAGGCAGUUUUGGUGGCAGUGAGUGUUUUUGUCAAUGCGUCACAAUUCGCCUCAGGCUGAAACAAACUACCAAAGACGUGUUUGAUUGCCCUUGCUCGACCGAUCCAGCCGCAGAGUGGAGAAUGGGACCCAAAAACCGACCGUUUACAUGUUUCUAA